AAUUGAUUUUGCCUGGGAUCAAGAAAAGAACUUUAAAGUAUUAGAACUAAAUGCAGCAAGUCAUAGCGGCUGGAUGUAUUCAGGUUCUGCUGUGAAAGAAGCAUCAGCUGAUAAAAUCGGUAUUCCUCUUGCUCCUCAACCAAUGUUUUAUACAAAUUAUAUUUUAAAAAAGUUAGGACCAAAAGUAGCCAUUAUUACUAUUAUAAAACCAAAUGUAGAAUGUGAUUUAUUGGUAAGGCAAAUUGAGAUUUUGGGUGGAAAAAUCAAAAUUGUCUAUCUUUCAGAAGUUAGCUUCCAAGAAAUUAUCGAAUUUGCACCAACUGGAAUAUUUUGGAAAUGCCAUGCAGGAUUGGUAGAAUAUUCAGAAAUGAUAUUAAAGAUAUCUAACUUAAGAUUGCCACAAAUACCUUCAUUUGAAAGUAUGUUUAUAGCUGGUGAUAAAUCGUUUUUAGCCAUCUUAAGUGAAAGAGACAUGACAGGUGUUAUUCCUAAAACCUAC